UUAAGCAGCACGGGAGGGGAGUAGUAAGAACAACAAUAGGAACAGAUAGCUUGCAAAGGGGUCUCAAAGAUAACUUAAUCGCCAGGGAGUUGGUCCUUAUUUGUUUAAACUGUAAAAGUUUUUAAAAACAUACAGAGAGUAAAAGAAAUAAAAGCAGUUUAGAUUAAAAAACCACUAACUAUUAAUGCCGGGCAGAAGAAAGGAAGCUAAAGAAGAUGCUAGUUGAAUGUUGCCAGCGUUUUCCGACUGACUGGGAGAGGAUAAAGAUAAACAAUGAGAAUGUGUACCUUUAAGAGGAAAAAGAAAGCCAGAAGUAACUCAGAUGCACGGCAAGAGGAGUCUCGAAGUUUAGUGGAUCAAUUGAGGGGAGCUUGAAGGGAGAUUAUAUUAUGGUCUUGUUGGGUAAGGUCACUUAUAUCCUCCUUUAGUAUCUAGUGCUGUUGGGAGGGAAUUUGUGAUCAUUGCUUUUCAAGGAACUGCCAAAUUUAAGGAAAUCUUGGUCACGAACAUAAAUACAUCCUUCUUAAGAAGUGGCUGAAAGAAAGAAGCUUCAAAGAUAGUAUAUUAAGGCCAGCACAAUUUCCAGAAACGGGAAGAGGACUGAUGACCAUAAAAACUCUUCAGGAAGGAGAGUUGAUUAUUUCAUUGCCUGAAAAAUGCUUGCUCACUACUCAGACUGUACUUAAUAGUUACCUCGGUGAAUACAUUGUAAAAUGGAGGCCUCCCAUUUCUCCUUUGGUAGCACUGUGUACAUUUUUAAUGGCAGAAAAGUAUACACAAAAGUCUCUGUGGAAACCUUACCUGGAUCUUCUGCCUGAAACAUAUACUUGUCCUGUUUGUUUGGAGCAAGAUAUAGUGAAUCUUUUUCCUGAACCCUUAAGAAGAAAGGCCCAUGAACAAAGAAAACUGGUCCACGAGCUGUAUAUUUCGUCCAAGCGGUUUUUCUUUUCCUUGCAGCCUUUGUUUCCUAAAAAAGUGGAGUCUGUUUUUAACUAUGAGGCCUUCCAAUGGGCUUGGUGCACCAUUAAUACAAGAACAGUAUAUAUGAAACCAGCACAGAAGGAAUGUUUUUCUAGAGAGCCAGAUACAUAUGCCUUAGCGCCAUACUUGGAUCUGCUCAAUCACAAUCCAGCUGUCCAGGUAAAAGCUGGCUUUAACGAAAAUACAAGGUGUUAUGAAAUAAGAACUUUUUCUCCCUGUCAGAAAUAUGGUGAAGUAUUUAUUUGUUACGGGCCUCAUGAUAACCAGCGUCUUCUUCUAGAAUAUGGGUUUGUCACCAUCGGUAAUCCACAGAGCAGUGUGCACGUUGAGAAAGAUAAUCUGCUUAAAUAUCUCUUGCCGGAAGACAAGCAGAAGCACAUGAAACAUACCAUUUUACAAGAGCACAAUUUUUUAGAUAAUCUAACAUUUGGCUGGGAUGGGCCAUCCUGGAGGCUUCUUACAGCUUUGAAACUUGUGUGUCUUGAAGCAGACCAAUUUACAUCCUGGAAGAAAGUGCUGCUUGGUGAUAAAGUUUCAGAGAGAAAUGAAAAGAAGAGUUUGGACCUUGCAAAAGAAAUAUGUAUGUCAUUGAUAGAAGAGACUCAACAAACCCUUCAGAAGGUUUCUGUCCUUAAAACGAAAUACGUGCAUCUUGUAAGCCAGCUAACUUUAGUAGAGACAUUGCAUAUGGAAAAUAUAAAAAUCUUGCGCCUGUCAUCUGAGAUUCUUCAGUCCACUUCACAGCACAACGUUUUGAUCUCCUAGAAACAGAAUUAGAUCUUGGGAUAAAUGUGGCAUGCAGUGGAUCUUGCUGAGCAGAAGCACCAAUCUUGUGAAGUCCUGGAGAGCUGGAUGGAUUAAAGAGACUCUCUGGUCUAGGGACCGGGGGUCCCGGGGGUGAGGUGGUGGCGGCAGGCAGGCAGGGAGACCUCAUAUCCAAACAUCCCCAAGUAACAAAGUCCCUCUUAAUACAGGACUACAGCAUGUAAUUAUUCAUAUUAAUGUUUGUUUUUAACAGAGAGUAGGAAGAUCAAAGGGCACAGUGACUCUGACAAACUGACUGAGUAGUUCAAGGAAAACAAACUGGAGAAAGGUAAUCACAGGGGAUCUUAUGAUCCAUUUUGUGAUCUUGGUGGUGUGCUGUUUAAGGGCACAAAACGUUUAUAUAAGUCUCUCCAGAAUGGUGUCUUUCCACAUUUUCCUAAUGAACUGUGUCCAAAGCUAGUUUCUGGGGCUGUGCUGGGUUUUGUAAAGGAACAAAAAAAACUCCUUCAUCACCUCUGUUAAUAAUGGUGACCUGAAUUUUUCUGUAAUAAAUAUAUGUGUCAUGAUGGGAUCAAGAUCCCAGAG